AGCAAGUACGGCGGUAUGCCUGGACCAGCUACUGCUCUCCGACAAGAGAGGCUGAAGAAGACCAACGCAAGGGCAGUUCCGCUUGGUUUGUUCACCAUUAAUGAGGAAGAUGAACAGCAAAAGAAUGGGAAUUCCAGAAGGCUGAAAGCCCCAGACAGCUACAAAGUGCAGGAGAGGGGAGCGGCGGCCCCCAGCCAACCCUCCACAGCUGCCUCAGGCCAGAGUGGCAGCCGCCCAGGAUCUAAACCAGACCCCCCGCCUGUGCUGCGCGUGGAUGACCGGCAGCGGCUGGCCCGGGAGCGCCGUCAGGAGCGAGAGAAGCAGCUCGCUGCGAGAGAAAUCGUCUGGCUGGAAAGAGAAGAGCGAGCCCGGCAGCACUACGAAAAGCACCUGGAAGAGCGGAAGAAGAAGCUGGAGGAGCAGAGGCUGAAGGAGGAGCGCAGGAGGGCUGCGGUGGAGGAGAAGCGGAGGCAGAGGCUGGAGGAGGACAAGGAGCGCCAUGAAGCUGUCGUACGGCGCACGAUGGAAAGGAGCCAGAAGCCAAAACAGAAGCAUAACCGGUGGUCGUGGGGAGGCCCCCUCCACGGGAGCCCCCGCGCCCACAGUGCAGAUCCAGACAGGCGAUCAGUUUCCACCAUGAAUCUUUCGAAACAUGUUGAUCCCGUCAUUAGCAAGCGGCUCUCCUCUUCAUCUGCAACUUUGCUAAAUUCUCCAGAUAGAGCUCGCCGCCUGCAGCUCAGCCCAUGGGAGAGCAGCGUUGUUAGCAGACUGCUGACGCCCACCCACUCGUUCCUGGCCAGAAGUAAAAGCACAGCUGCCUUGUCUGGAGACGCAGCAGCCCCCUGCACCCUAGUUAUCCCCAUUUGUCCUCGUUCAGCAUCUUGCAGCCCCAUCAACAUCAUGCCCUACAAAGCUGCACACUCUAGAAAUCCGAUGGAGCGACCAAAAUUCUUUGUAACGCCGCCCGAGGGCUCUGCGCGGAGGAGGACUGUCCAUGGCACAGUGGGCUCUAAAAGAGAGAGGGAGCGAGACAACGUUCCCUCCCACCCGACAGCUGGCGUCCGAAGGGCUCUGUCCCCGUCACAUCCGAAAGCCAGGCCACCGGCUCCCUCCCGACUCUGGCUCCCAUCCAAGUCCUUCCCUCACCUGCCCGGCACACCCAGACCAGCAUCCACCCUGCCUCCCAGCUCAGCCAAGGCUGCACCCUCGCAGGCCUGGCCCCCCUCACCUGGCAACAUCCGCCCUGUCAAGAGAGAAGCUGGGGUGCAACCUGAGAGAAAAGAGCCUGAGGAGGAGCCUCAGGCAGUCGCCAGUGAGCCCUGGCCAAAGGGCAGAGCACCCCUAGUGAAGGUGGAGGAAGCCACAGUGGAAGAGGGGACACCGGUGGAGGCAGAAGCCGCCCCCGCUGCUCCAGCCGCAGCCCCGGCCACCACCUCGGCCCUGGUCCCAGCCCCAGCUUCAGCCCCUGCCCCGGUCCCAGGCCAGCCAUCCACUGUGACUGCCAGCACUUCUCCUAAGACCUCUGCAGGCACCACCGACCCAGAAGAGGCCACGAGGCUGUUAGCUGAGAAGAGGCGGCUGGCCCGCGAGCAGAGAGACAAGGAGGAGCGGGAGCAGCGCGAGAGGGAGCAGCGGGAGAGACAAAAGGGGGAGGAAUUGGCUCAAAAGGUGGCUGAGGAGAGGAUGCGCCGGGAGGAGGAGUCGCGGCGGCUGGAAGCUGAACAGGCCCGCGAGCGGGAGGAGCAGCUGCAGCGGCGCCAGCGCGAGGAGGCCGCGCGCGCCCAGAGGCAGAAGGAAGAGGAAGCUCGCGUUCGAGAAGAAGCGGAGAGGGCCCGGCAGGAACGGGAGAAGCACUUCCAGAGGGAAGAGCAGGAGCGCCUGGAGAGAAAGAAGCGACUCGAGGAGAUUAUGAAAAGAACCAGGAGAGCAGACGCUGCAGACAAGAAAACUGUUGAUCAGAGAAAUGGAGAUAUAACCAAGGGAACCCUCACUGUGGGAGCAGCGGUAUCUGUGCUUCCGUGUGUCACGAAUUCUCCAGGGAAUGCAGAAUCAGCGGCCAGCCCAUGCGAGGUUGCCUCACACCCGUCGAAGGUGACUGUGGAGAGUACUCCCAAUUUGGAAAGACAACCAAAUGAAAAUGGAGUAUCUGUUCAGAAUGAAAAUUUUGAAGAAAUUAUAAACUUACCCAUUGGAUCUAAACCAUCCAGAUUGGAUGUCACGAACAGCGAGAGCCCAGAAAUUCCUUUGAAUCCAAUUUUGGCCUUUGAUGAUGAAGGGACGCUCGGGCCCCGGCCUCAGGUGGAUGGUGUUCAGACACAGCAGACAGCAGAAGUUAUAUGAGCAUUUCUUCUGAAGAGCCAAAGCAGAAAUUUAGUAAGAAUGUCUACAAUUCCUGGAGUCCCUUCCCUGCCAUAAAGGAGCAUGCCCCUCCUCCAGUUUUCUAAAGAUUUCUUGACGAUCAUUUUGAAAAGACUCUAUUAAAACCAGCUAAAGACAACAGACUGGAUAGCUUUUCUAACACUUUUCGCCAGUAGAGAAGAGAAAUGCUCCUUAUUCUUCAGUGCUUUAAAAUAGCUUUUUCCACUGUCGUCCUUCUUAGCAAAUCAAUAUUUUUCUGCAUUCUCUAAAAGAUGAAAGCAUUUGGCUCUAAAAGAAAUGGGCUAACUAGGCAUGAUUUUUCACAUAGAUAUUUUGGUCUUAAAAGCUAACAUGUAAAAUUGGCACAAAAAAUUCACCUUUUAUAAUUUAAUACUUGAAAAAUUAAGUACCUCUUAGCUCUACAAGUAGAGUGAGUAGGAGAGGUGUUUAAAUUAAGCCUGUUUGUUUAAAUAUUAUUGCAAAGAAGUCUCUUUGUAGAGAUAAAUUAUAGGCAGAUUACCAGGUUCUUGUAAAUGCAAUUUGUACAUGGACAUUCUGCAGACCCAGCUGUCACAUUCUUCUUGCAUCUCCUUUUUGCAAAAGCAUACUAAACAGUUUUAAAAUAUGAAAAAAAAGUUAUUUUUUCAGAGCAAGAAAAUAAUUUACAUUCCUCUUAAAUAAUGUAUUUAUAAAGUUCUUCCAGAUAUACUAAUCAAACAAAUUAAAACAAUGUGGCAACCUUGCAAAUUUGGUUUAUUAGAUGCAUUCCUUAUGUCACCAUGAGAGGAUGUCAUGACGAUUCAGGGCUCUUUCCGAAGUCUGUAUAUUGCUGCUGUCCCCAGUGGUGGUGGGACUUACCUUUGCCUUACCUGAUCACAAAUUAUGUAGGGGGGACUAAAGAUUUAAUAUUUCUUUAAAUAAAAAAAGAAUUUGGUUUUGCUCGUUUAAGAGCAAUGGGAAAAUGA